AUGCAUCAGAGAAACAGUCGAAUUAUUAAAGAAUUUUACAAAUUUUUUUUUUCUCACAGGUUGCAACAGACGAAAACAUCUUUGAUGCAUCCACCUUCAGCACCUUUCUAUUCUUCUCUUCAUCUUCCAAUUGGCCAUCCACUUCCUGGCGGUACUUUUCAAUCUACUUCUCUUCCUGCUAGAAUGACGAUGUCUACUCAGCAGCCAUUUUCUUCUGUUUCUCCGAAUAUUAUGAUAAAUCAACAGCAACAACAACCAAAUCUUCUACUUCGUCAAAUUACCCUUGAAGAAGCCAAAGAAAAUGCUGGAAGUUGUUAUGAUGAACAUUUAACAUUUGGAGUUCAAAUGGCAAUGCUUGGAGCGAGUAUGCCUGACAGAGGUAGUUUUCGAGGUGGGCGUGGUGGGUGUACUUCUGUUGGCAAUGCUGGGGGAGCUCGUGAUAGUUCUAAGGUGGAUGCUGAAGGGGGGAAUGGAAGAUUUGAAAAGAGAACACCAAGGCGUACAGCAGGCUCUGAUUCAAAUGGUAGACGUUUAGAUUAUGACAUUUCUCCAGUUCGUGGUGGCGGCAGUGAAGAUAUUUCUGUUAAAGGAAAUCGUGAUCGUGACAAUAAUAAAUUGGUUUUAAUAUUUUUUUAA